AUGGGAUGCGAUAUUGAAUCAGGUGAGGAAAUACAAGAUGCAAUAAAGGAUUUGGCAGGAACUCACAUUGCAAAUAUCAUACCUAAUUGUGAAGAUCAGAAUAAAUCAAAUACUAAAAUGUCAGGAAAACUUGAAAAACUUGAUG